AGCAGACUGGCGUUAACGCAUUGAGUAAUAUCGUCACUUAAGGCUCCGUCACUUUUAAUAAACAGUCGGCAGGGAGUAGAGGCCUUUCAGAGCUCCCGACAUUUUUUUUUAUUCAACCUUUGUGAACGGAUUGGUGGUACGGCACCGGUGAUCUGAUGUAUAGCUGUUUAAUUGUGUUUGUGUGUGUGUAUUUUUUAUUUCAAGGCAUUAGUUAAAAGCCUUUUAAAACGACGGUGAGAAAAGACGGGAGUUAUUAGUGACCAUUAUAUAGUUCCACGCUCAAGUGUCACCUGCUGGAAUUGUCUGUAUACGAGAGGACUCUACAAACGGACUCUGCAUCUCGAAUCAUCCUCUAUGGGAACUGAUUCUGGGUUCUGGGCGUGUGGUGACCCCAGGGAUGGGACCAUCAGCUGGUGUGGGGGUUGCAUCUUCUAAACCUCAAUUGUCCACCAAAGCCACGGCCUUCUCAAUUGCGGCCAUAUUGGGUUCAACACCAACAGAAACCGUUUCUGACUUACAGGUAGAGAUUGUUGAUGACAAGACAUCUAUAUCCCCUUUAUGUAAAUUGGUAGAACGGACGGCUUCGUGUGAAGACGAAGUGCUUACCCGUGGGAAGAACAAACCCGAUGGAGCAUUCCGAACCGUAAAACCCGAGAAACAGAGCAAAGGCGUAACGAGUUCUGGAAGCAAAGAGCUGUCUAGCAUUCACUGUAGGCUGGAAACCAAAGAUUUAUGGGACAAGUUCCAUGACUUGGGCACAGAGAUGAUUAUCACAAAGUCCGGCCGGCGGAUGUUCCCAACGGUGCGCGUAUCGUUCAGUGGCCUGGAGGCGGAAGCUAAGUACUCGGUACUGAUGGAUAUCAUUCCGGUGGACAGCAAAAGAUACCGUUAUGCCUAUCACCGCUCCUCUUGGCUCGUGGCUGGCAAGGCCGACCCUCCCCUCCCCACCCGGCUCUACAUGCACCCAGACUCCCCAUUUACCGGAGAUCAGCUUCUCAAGCAAUCGGUAUCCUUCGAAAAGGUCAAACUGACCAACAACAUGCUCGACAAAAGUGGACAUAUUAUCCUGAAUUCAAUGCAUAAGUAUCAACCAAGGAUUCACAUUGUGAAGCGGAAGGAUAACCCUCACAGCGCUAUCACAACCCUCGACGCGGAGGAAUUCCGCACAUACGUCUUCCCAGAGACAGUGUUUAUUGCAGUAACAGCUUAUCAGAAUCAACUGAUCACAAAGUUGAAAAUCGACAGUAACCCUUUCGCUAAAGGUUUCCGUGAUUCGUCCAGGCUGACAGAUUUCGAAAGAGAAAGCAUGGACUCUUUGAUUCACCAUCACACGUACGCCCGCUCUCCUCUCAGGUCUUACACGGACGCCGAGUUCGAGGACGCCCUCAAGUGCCGGGAUGCUAGGUUCACCAAAGAAGGAUUAGCUAGUCUUGAGAGGUUACCUUCCGCUACAUGGUCAAUAUGGCGUCCCAUAGUUUCCACUUCCCCGGGCUUGUCCAACUACAACGCCUACAGGCCGUUCUACUUCUACAGCAGCCUGUUAGGACUUCCUGGAUACGCGAACAUCGGUUUGUCUACAGGGGCCAAUCUUCAUGCUAAUUUACGUUGCCCAGAAUCCCAUGCGACCUCCAUGUCUGGGAACUUUUCAGAAGGCGGACUGUAUCAUCCGUCGAGCAUGUACAGAUAUCAUCCUUACCAGACCCCGGCCCGAGAGAGGUCGCCUGUGGACGGAAGGGUGGUUGAUGGCUGAACGUCAUGAGCACGGACCUGUUGGCAGUGGUACCGUAAUUAUUACAACGCUCUGAUCAGCCAAAACUGUGCUGAUUGCAAUGACGGCCGGAGUACCAGUCACAAUGGCGGCGUCGUACUCUGCUUUAAACGUUCCCACCGGUGGCGGGCUCGAAAUCUGUGUUGGAACCAACUUCUUAUAUGUACUUUAAGACAUGGCCACGCCAUAAAAUAUUGCGGUUAGUUAUAGACUCGCAUUACCGAGUCCAGAUACACUCUAAGCAACAGCUACGAUGACAUGUGUUGAUUUCCUCGAUUACCAAUGAAAGUUGAAUUAAGUGUAGCCAAUAAAGAAAAGUGCGAGAAAUCUUUCUCGGCGGACCAAAUGUAAAUAUGUAAAUGAAACGAUGAAAUGGAACCAAGCUAAAUGGUUGAUGAUGGGAGGAUAUUAUAGAACAAGGCUAGAUGUGACAGCAAAAGUGCUUAAAAAUCAAACAUAUUUGAAGGUGUGAUAAUUUAUUUGAUAUCGCUGUUUAUUUUCUAUUUAAAUGCUGAAGAUUUUGCUAUAGACUCUAUCGACUAAAAAAAUGCCUUUAGAAACUAUGAUGAUAACGUAUAGAUCAAUAGAACAUUCGACGAAUAAACAUUCUGGUCAACAGGCGUGUUUAUUCUGUGUGACUCGUCGUACUAUUGCAUUAUUUAGUUUCUGGGCCGUGAAUUUCCAACACCACAGACCAGUAAGUAUUUUUACUUAUUUGUUUACAUUUUUCGAUUGAAUUAAAUGUGAUCUUAACAGUUCUUCAAAUCUA